ACACACACACAGCCCACUAUGUGGCAAGCCUCCCCGUUCCUAGCGCACCAUCAUCUGCACCUGCCCACUCCGUUGUCGUGGUUGGAGCGCUGGGAGGGGUCAGUAUUUCGCAGGCGCGUGUAGGAAGACGAGGCAUUUCCCGAGACACCGACGGCAGCGUGUAGCCUCCGAUUCAGCACCACACGGUCGAGGAAAGCGUCCGGGUAGCGUCUAUUUGUCCCCCGCUCGCCGUGGGUUAACUGCACAAGAGGACACCAUUUUUUUGGUGGAGGGGAGGGGGGGAAAUAACUCAGUGAAACCAGGCGCUGCACACACUUCGUGGACCGUCAAGAGGUGUCAUCUGCAACGGUUAAAGAGACCAUGACGACCGCCACCUCCCCCAUCCUGUUGAAAUGGGACCCGAAGAGCCUUGAAAUCCGCACGCUGACCGUGGAGCGGCUUCUGGAGCCCCUCGUCACACAGGUCACUACGCUGGUGAACACCAGCAACAAAGGGCCAUCGAGCAAGAAGAAGGGGCGCUCCAAGAAGGCCCAUGUCCUCGCCGUGUCCGUUGAGCAGGCCACACAAAACUUUUUGGAAAAGGGUGAGCAGAUCGCCAAGGACAGCCAGGACCUUAAAGAGGAGCUCAUUUCUGCUGUCGAGGAUGUUCGGAAGCAAGGAGAGACGAUGCGCAUUACCUCGUCGGAGUUCGCCGAUGACCCGUGUUCCUCUGUGAAACGCGGCACCAUGGUGAGGGCGGCGCGCGCCCUGCUCUCGGCUGUCACCCGUCUGCUCAUCCUCGCCGACAUGGCCGAUGUCAUGAGGCUGCUGGCCCACCUCAAAAUUGUGGAGGAGGCCUUGGAGGGAGUAAAGAAUGCGACCAAUGAGCAGGACCUGGCCAACCGCUUCAAGGAGUUCGGGAAGGAGAUGGUGAAGCUUAACUAUGUGGCAGCUCGGAGGCAGCAGGAGCUGAAAGACCCACAGUGUCGAGAUGAGAUGGCGGCCGCUCGCGGCGCCCUUAAGAAGAACGCCACCAUGCUGUACACGGCCUCACAGGCCUUCCUGCGCCACCCAGAUGUGGCGGCCACACGUGCCAAUCGGGACUACGUGUUCAAGCAGGUUCAGGAGGCCAUCGGAGGCAUUUCCAGUGCUGCUCAGGCCACCUCACCCACCGACGAGAAGCACGGCCACGCCGGCAUUGGAGAGCUGGCUGCUGCCCUCAACGAAUUUGAUAACAAGAUCAUUCUGGACCCUCUGACAUUCAGCGAGGCUCGUUUCCGUCCCUCUCUGGAGGAGCGCUUGGAGAGCAUCAUAAGUGGUGCCGCUCUGAUGGCGGAUUCCUCGUGCACACGUGACGACCGCCGCGAACGCAUCGUGGCCGAGUGCAACGCCGUCCGACAGGCCCUGCAAGACUUGUUGAGCGAGUACAUGAACAAUACUGGCAGGAAAGAGAAAGGUGACCUGUUGAACUCAGCCAUCGAUAAGAUGACCAAAAAGACCAGGGACCUGCGCAGACAGUUGAGAAAGGCAGUGAUGGACCACAUCUCAGACUCCUUCCUGGAGACCAACGUCCCGCUGUUGGUGCUUAUUGAAGCGGCUAAAAGUGGAAAUGAGAAGGAGGUCAAGGAGUACGCCCAGGUGUUCCGUGAACAUGCCAACAAGCUGGUGGAGGUGGCCAACCUGGCUUGCUCCAUCUCCAACAAUGAAGAGGGUGUGAAGUUGGUUCGAAUGGCUGCAACUCAAAUCGACAGCCUCUGUCCUCAGGUUAUCAACGCAGCUCUCACUCUGGCUGCCCGUCCCCAAAGCAAGGUUGCCCAGGACAACAUGGACGUUUUCAAGGAUCAGUGGGAGAAGCAGGUGCGCAUCCUGACCGAGGCUGUGGAUGACAUCACCUCUGUGGACGAUUUCCUUUCUGUGUCAGAGAACCACAUCCUUGAGGACGUCAACAAAUGCGUAAUUGCUCUGCAAGAGGGAGACGUGGACACUCUCGACCGAACUGCCGGGGCCAUCCGCGGCCGAGCUGCUCGCGUGGUCCACAUCAUUAACGCUGAGAUGGAAAACUACGAACCUGGGGUCUACACUGAGCGCGUGCUGGAGUCCAUCAAGCUCCUGUCUGAGACUGUCAUGCCCCGUUUUGCUGAACAAGUGGAGGUUGCUAUUGAAGCGCUGACUACGAACCCUCCACAGGCCUUUGAGGAGAAUGAGUUCAUCGACGCGUCCCGCUUGGUCUACGACGGCGUACGUGACAUCAGGAAAGCUGUCCUGAUGAUAAGGACACCAGAGGAGCUGGAGGAUGACUCUGACUUUGAACAGGAGGACUAUGACACUCGCAGCAGGACCAGUGUACAGACUGAAGAUGACCAGCUCAUUGCUGGGCAGAGUGCUCGGGCUAUCAUGGCACAGCUUCCCCAGGAGGAGAAGGCAAAGAUUGCUGAGCAGGUGGAGAGCUUCAGACAGGAGAAGUGCAAGCUGGAUGCAGAAGUGGCCAAGUGGGAUGACAAUGGCAAUGACAUCAUUGUGCUGGCGAAGCAGAUGUGCAUGAUCAUGAUGGAGAUGACUGACUUCACCAGAGGCAAAGGGCCCCUGAAGAACUCCUCAGAUGUGAUCAACGCGGCUAAGAAGAUCGCAGAGGCUGGUUCCAGGAUGGACAAAUUGGCCCGUGCAGUUGCAGAUCAGUGCCCCGAUUCAGCAUGCAAGCAGGAUCUGCUGGCCUACCUGCAGAGAAUUGCCCUGUACUGUCACCAGCUCAACAUUUGCAGCAAGGUGAAAGCUGAGGUUCAGAAUCUGGGUGGAGAGCUCAUCGUGUCCGGGCUGGAUAGUGCCACCUCCCUGAUCCAAGCCGCCAAGAACCUCAUGAACGCAGUGGUGCUGACCGUGAAGGCAUCUUACGUGGCCUCCACCAAGUACCAGAAGGUGUACGGUACAGCGGCCGUCAACUCCCCCGUGGUGUCCUGGCGCAUGAAGGCCCCCGAGAAGAAGCCUCUGGUAAAGAGGGAGAAGCCCGAGGAGUGCCAGACGCGUGUUCGACGAGGCUCCCAGAAGAAACACAUCUCCCCCGUCCAGGCCCUCAGCGAAUUCAAGGCCAUGGACUCGUUCUAAGCAACAAGAAAUGGUAACGCCAACCCCGAGAGGUACAUCCAAACACGGCGGUGACAGGUUGAAGAAAGAGUUGCUUUUUUGUGUUUAACCCACCUCUGUUAUUCGUGUGUGCUCGGCGACACCUCAGGAGGACUUCAGUACAUAUUAAACUGCCACGCUAAGGCUCCUGUGGAAACUGUGGGCCUCACGGUUCGACAGGAAGCCGGCGCACGCACACACACACACACACACACACACACCCAACACUAUUUAUCGAUCUUUAUGUAGCUUAAUAUGUGAGAGCCAAAAUGUGACACAAACAAGUACUUUUGAAAAUAGGAGGGUAAAAAAAAAAGAAACAUAUCAGAGGAGGAAUAGUGGCAAUUGAAAAACAAUUGUGGCAGUUGAUAUAUCUUUAACGUGCUACUGACUUGCUGCUUGUAUACACAUUUAAACCGUCUGAAUGAAAAGCGGGAAUGGUUCAGUAGGAGUUAUUCUCAAGGGAAUAUGUCAUUCUUCGUAUGCUCCCUCUAGAUAUUUCUUUUUUCAAUUUGAAUGUAACCUGUAGUGCUAGGAAUUAUUUAUGUUUAAGAUACCUGGAAGUGUUGGCAUCCAAGUAGUUUCCUCGUUACUGAUGAUUAUAAUGAUAAUCCAUAUGGUGUUUUUUUCCAAAGCACUCUUAUGGUCUAUUGUAUUGCCUUUUUAAAUUCAAUUUAUUUAAUUAUUACAUCACUAACUAUGAUGAUUGAUUGGAAGUUGCGUAGCGUAUACAUAUAGAAAGAGAGGACUUGGACUUGUUGUGGUUUGCUCAGAGAAUAGAAACUCCUGCAUAUGGUACCUUUAUAUCCACCCUUCUCUAAUAAAUCCCUCAACUUGA